AUGGUCCAAGGCACUGACAAUCUCAAAAGCUAUGUUCGAGAGGCCGCAUUACCCAAAAUGACGAACGACAGAUUCGCUCCUGCCAUACCUCCUGACGGCCACAAGAGUCACUUGAACACCCUCAAAGUACGGCCAGAAGCUUGGAGACGCUUAGAGAAUAUUUAUUCUCUCGAAAAUUUUAGGCUAGAAGAGAUUAUCAUAGCUUGUUCGUCCCAUACUAACCUAACUUCUCCGAUGUUUGUAGGGAUUGACAUGUAUCUACCAAGCUAUUCACUGGGAGUGAAUAACAGAGAUGAAGCCACCGGAGAGACUCUUUCGAUUCCUUGUCCCGGCACAGAUUUCGAUAUCAUGUACAUAGAAGAACGAAGGCCGUCAGAUCUGAGUCGGCUUGCUCCAUGGAUCGAUAAUCUUGCUCUCAUGACCGUUCAACGAAUCAUCCACCUCAUUCAACCAAAUACACAUAUCUGGAGUUUCUCUUUAGCUGAAGAAGGAGAUCUCGAUCAAGCAAUAUUCCGAUAUUACUUGUGGUCGUUACCUAAUCAUAUAAUGGAAAGAAUGACCGAAGAUGCUCGAAAAUCUGUCCAGUACUCUUCCGUGAUAGUUGCCUUUCAGCCUCCGUGGAUUCUGUCGAUGCAGGACAUCAAAGAAUUUGCGAAAUGUCGCUCAUUUCCGCCCUUCAGAGAGCCAGGAAAUGCUUUCCCUACACCCUUAAAUAGCACGCAUAGAAUAUGGGCGAAAUUGUGGGAUCUCUGUGUGAGAAGGAACACCCCGUGGUUCGUGUUAACGUCGUACAAUCAUUGGACGUUUGGCAUGUUCUCGAAAGGCUGGACCGCUGCCUUCAUUUCCGGGGUGUACGAAUUCAAUGCCUACAGCCCUACGAUAACAGAAUGUUUAACUUUCUGGAUCGCUUCCGCCAUGCGAAUAGCCACAACGCUUCGCUUUCCUAAGGUGUGUGAAGAGCCUCCGAAUUCGCAAACACCCUGCACGGUGUACGACGCGAUGGUGCAGUUCCCAGAAGCGGCCGUAGCUCUAGCUCUCCUUGAUCAUGAUCACAACCAUCCGGAUUAA